UAUAGCAGCAUUGACAUGAGCAGAAGAAGAUCACAUCUAAGAACAUAAAAGAGCAUAGAGAAGCAACCUAAAAGUGGAUCCAAGGAGGCAUGGAAAACUACCACUAUCUUCAGAAACAUCAAAGGAGGAAGAGAAAGAGGACACAGUACAAGAAUUCGAUGCUUAUGCGACUUGGUCUUCAGAAACUGACAUGUCUGCAAUGGUUUCAGCUCUUUCUCAAGUUAUGGGAACUUCAAAUCGGAACCCUCCUAUGUCACAAUCAACCUCUUUUCCUUUCUCAAACUUCGACACCAAAGAUCAACCUCAACCUCAACCUCAACCUCAACCUUCUUCAGAUAAAGGAGUGACAAAGAAGGCACACUACAGAGGAGUGAGACAGAGACCAUGGGGGAAAUGGGCAGCAGAAAUCCGUGACCCAAAAAAAGCAGCAAGAGUGUGGUUAGGAACCUUCGAAACCGCAGAAGAUGCAGCACUUGCAUAUGACAGAGCAGCACUCAAGUUCAAAGGCACAAAAGCAAAGCUUAAUUUCCCCGAAAGAGUUCAUCACAAUGUUUCUUUUAUGCACCAAAACCAUGAAUCUUCAUCAAACACAAACACUUUUCCCUCCCAUGCAACUUCCAACGCUGUUUCUUCUGCUCAUGAUGUUGCUGCUCCACCCUCAUUUUCCACACACGAUCAACAUGGCCACCAACUUUUCCCAAACCUGCUUCAAUACGCUCAGAUUCUUUCAAGCGAUGAUGCACAGUUUCCUUACUACACAUCCCAUCUUUUCAACAAUCAACAACAACAUCAGCAACAUCAGCAGCAGCAACAACAAGAUCCUUUCAGCUCUCAAUUCUCCACCACUUUUUCUUCAACCUCUUCUCAAGCAUCCUACUUCUACAACCACCAACAACAAUUUGAUGAACAGGGACAUGGUCAUUCAGGCCAGUAGCAUGCUUUUGAAAGUCUUGAUUAAUUUCUAUUCACAACAUUGCAACAUUGCAGUUGCAAUAUUAUAAUGAUAUUUUGAUUCACUUUUUUUAAUCUAUUUUUAACUUAUCAUUUCAAUCAUCUUUAGAUCAUUACAUCGUUAAGAUAUUAAGAUGAUCGAAGUGAUGAAUUAAAAGUGAGUCAAAAUAUCAUUAUCUUUAUCCAUCGAGAUUAGUUGUCCACAAUUUUUCGAAAUAUCAAGAUUUUUGAGAUGUAUAACCAUCGCUUUGGACAUCAAAAUUUGUAGUUGGAAAUUUAAAUUUGCAUGAGCUUUGAUCCAAACAUGGCUUCAGAAUCUCGACAAAAGCGAUUAUAAAGCUUCACUAGUAGAAUAUUUACCUUUGUUAGUGUUGCUGCAGAAAAGAGUGAAGGAUUGAGUAUCUUUCUUUGAGCUUGCACUUGCACAAGACAUGGAUCCCACAUUUAAUUUCAAAUUCAAUUAUGGAUAAUGCUA